AUGGCGUCUUCUGAACCACAAGGCAGCUCUAUCCUUGCUUUUGAAGAAAUACCACCGUCUGACGUCUCCUGUGCUGUCAUUGAGCCUUCAGACGUCUAUGAGUGGAUUGAGCACAGCAAGGCGGCAGGAGAUCACGCGCGGAGGGAUUUUCUACUGGUCGAUGUGCGCCGGAAUGAUUGGGAGGGCGGCACAAUUGCCACGUCUGUGAACCUGCCGGCUCAGUCCUUCUAUUUUACUCGUUCGGGGGUGUAUCAGCUUUGCAAGCAGGCUGGGAUAAAGAAGGUUAUAUUCUACUGCGGGAGCUGUGGAAGUCGGGGGCCAAAAUGCGCAGGGUGGUUCCAGGAAUAUCUCAAUUCGGUUGGGGAAACCGACUUGACGGCCGCCAUCCUCAAAGGAGGCGUCAAGGGGUGGCAGAAAACGUACAAUGGCCAGAAUAUGGACCACUAUGAUCCGAAUGCCUGGGGUUCACAGAGCAAGUAG